CGUAGCCUUUGAGACUGUAGGGGGCAGCAGAGUGCGCAGCAUAAAUAACGCAGCAUAAGUAAAGAAGAUGAAGAAGCUGAAGCGGAAGUGGAAUCUUUUCGUGCCCUUGUGUGUGAGAAAGGCGACUGCAGGCGGACUGUCAAGAUGAACAGACACAUAUUUGCGCUCCAGCAGGUGGCGCGGCGGACCAUCUCCAGCUCUGUCCGCCGGCAGGUCGACAACAAAGUCCCGCAGAAACAGAAGAUGUUUCAGGAGGAUAACGGGAUGCCGAUUCAUUUAAAAGGAGGCACUAGCGACGCUCUGCUGUACAGAACAACGAUGGCUCUCACCAUCCUGGGAGCUGGAUAUGUUGUGUAUGAGCUGGUGAAGGCAGCGUUCCCUCAGAAGAAGGACUAGUACCUCGACUGCUUACAGCUGUUUACUUCACUUUCAAAAAUCGGCCAGCCGCUCUAUAUAUUGUGUAAAAAA